AUGAGGGCAUACGUUUGGUUACGCUUGGCCGGAACGUUAUGGCCACCAGCGCUGCAGAUUGCUAUUGGCGCUGAUCGAGCUGUUUCUAUUCUGAAACCAUUUUGGCACCGCCGUUAUUUGGACAAAAAGCACGUUUUUUUUUUUUUUUUGCAAUUUUAUGCAAAAACGCAUAUUGUUAAGAGAUUGUCUGUGUGUAUGUGUGCAUGGGUGUCUAUGCAUGUCUGUAAGUGUGUGCGCGCGUACGAAUUGUUUCACCUGUUUUUAACUUCGCAAACAGAGAAGCUGAGAAGCCAAAAUUUUUCAGGUAUAUUCUCACCCUUUAUGCGUUCCUCCCCUUCUAAAAUUAACGGUUGCGGAGGCCCAAGUUUCACGCGCAGAGGCAUAAAAUAA